CUUUCUUUUUCUUCCCCUAAAAAAUGUCCCGAUUGCUGUCGAAAACCCUAAUUCCCCACGGGAGAUUCUUCCUCCGUCGCUUCAACGACGCGACUUCGAAGAAAACGGCGGCGCCAAGCCUCGUCUGUUUCAACCGCCGUCCCUAUUCAUCGAAACCUCAUCUGAUCGAGAUCGACCUGGACUCUUCCUCGUCAGCGACAUCCAAGGCCGAAGCCGAAGCCGCGGUUCUCAAGAAGCUGAACGAGUUCGUACGGAGGAUCGUCGUUCAGAACUCGACUCCCGAUUGGCUCCCUUUCUCCCCAGGAUCCUCCUUCUGGGUCCCUCCGCACCAGAACACCGCCGCCAAGAUCGCUAAUUUGGUCGACCAGGUGACGCAUCCCUUGACGGAGGAGGAGGUUCUCUCCCUGUCUUCUCCUUCUGGCUGGCCUUGCUCCUCUUUCUUCACUCCUCCUCCAGAUGAUGAUUCUUCAUCUAAACAAGAGGUGGAAGGUAGCACGGAGUUCAACGUUCUGGGGAAUGAGAUGCUGGAAGUCAAGCUAGCGCAGUUUCCAGAUCCAAUCUACUUGUUGAAACACGGGGACGAUGAUGAGUGAUUUUACAUUUCCAGCGCGAUGAAGGCCAGUCCUGAUGCAUGGUUUGCGUUGACAGGCUUUGGAGAAGAAAAAAAAGAUGAUUAUCGAGGCUGUUGAGGUUGUGUUUGUAUAUACAGUUGCAAGCCAUGGAAUUAUAUCGAUGUUUUGGCUGUCUUAACGCUGUUUGUGAACUAUAAAUUAUACAGCUUGAUAUCUAUACUAUUAAAUCUGGAUACUAUUGUACUUUUUACUUUAA